CAAGAUUUCAUUUUUAAUAACGUUCUAACAUUAUUUUUACAAGACCACAAUAGAACAAAAUGUUAAAAAAAAAAAAAAAAAGUUAAAAAGUCUGAAGAUUUUAAGAAUGACUGCAAUGCUUUACUGAUAAUGGGUGCCAGGCCUGCAGUUCCCCUUCUGUCCACUAAAGUCGCUGCUGCUUUCUUGAAAGGGUAUUCAUUCUUAUACCAUCCACUAGAUGCCGCUGAUGUCCAGGGCACUAUCUCUGGCCGUUACUUAUGGUACACCCGCUAGAUGGCGCGUAUUCUACUUGCAGUACACUCAGAUCUCCACUGGGAGGAGCCGGUUUCCCGGGAAGAUUGAAGUUAGUGGGAGUGCGGGCGGGGAGGGCCCGGUGUCCGGAGGGACAUGGACGUGGGCUCCCAGCUGCAGGAGGGCCACAAGAUGGAGAUCAAGAAUGGAGGAUCGCUGAUCCUGGAUCCAGGAUUCCAGCAGCAACUGGAGGAUUCUAAGGAACAGCUGAAACGGGAGAUCCAGAGGGAGCUGAAGAUAAAGGAGGGGGCCGAGAACCUGCGCAAAGUGUCCACGGAUAAGAGGCACCAAGGCCACGUGGAAAGUCAGCUGAAGACGUCCAACCGGCGCCUACAGGAGCUACACCGCCAGCUGCAGGAGCUGAACGGCCGCAUCGUCAUCAUGGAGAAGGACAACAAGCAAGACGGGACGGUUUCCCCAGAUCACUGUUUAUUCGAUCAGAGCCUUGAUCCCAGGCAGCGCAGAGUCGAAGCGCUGAAGAGACAGCUACAAAUCGAGAAUAAGGUCAAGCAGGGAGCCGAGAACAUCAUUCACAUGUUUUCCAGUGGAGCCUCUAAGGACAGGAAACUUCUCAACACGGCUCAGCAGAUGCUUCACGACAGCCGCAUAAAAACGGAACUGCUCCGCAUGCAGAUCGUGAAGCUGACGCAGUCGCCGGGGUCGGCCUCGGACCUCCAUGACUCGGAGACCCUCUCCCCGCUAGAGUUACGACUGGAGGAACUGAGGCGGCACUUACGAGUGGAGGCCGCAGUCGCAGAAGGUGCCAAGAACGUGGUAAAAUUACUGGGCGGACGCAAACUGCAGGAUCGAAAGGCUCUGGCUGAGGCCCAGUCACGACUACACGAGUCCAGCCAGAAGAUCAACCUCCUCCGCCUGUCUCUGGAGCGCUGUCUCUCGGAGCUCCCGCUCGGACACCCCAAACAGCAGCUCAUCAAACAGGAUCUGCAGAACUGUACUGGUGCCGGGGGAAUUUGGGGAAAGGAGCAAAGUCUGGGCCAAACCCUCACCCCACUGAUCAAGCCGACUGCUCUGACCGGAACUCUGGAGAUCCACAUUUUGGGCUGUCAGGGACUGCUGGAAUCUGUACCCGGACGGUCUCAGGCCGCACCUGCACAUGGAAGUCCCAACGAGGCGAAAAACUUCAUGCGAUACCGGACAGGAGGAAGCGUUCACGGACGAGGGGGAUCAGGAAAAUUCUUGCGGUCAGAUGAGAUCUGUGGAGAGGUGAUGUGCGUCCUAAAGGUUGAUAACAAGCCAGUCACACACACCAACUGGGGCCCAGUACACAACCAGUGCUGGGAUCAAAGGUUCACCAUCGACCUGGAGCGGUCCAGAGAGUUGCAGCUCUCUGUCCAUUGGCGAGACUGGCGGGAGCUGUGCGCCAUUCGCUUUGUACGUUUGGAGGACUUUCUGGACAACGAAAGACAUGGGAUGUGCCUGCAGCUGGAACCACAAGGGAUGCUGUUCGCUGAGAUCAUGUUUUGCAACCCUGUGAUCGAGAGGAGAGGCAAAGUACAGAGGCAAAAGCGUAUAUUCCCCAAGCAGAAAGGAAAGGAUUUCCUGCGGGCCACGCAAAUGAACAUAAGUUUCGCAACCUGGGGGCGACUGAUGAUGAGCAUCUUACCUCCGUGUGGCACCAUCACCACGCUGAGUCCACCCCUGCCCAGUUCUGAUACCCAGGCUACUUCUGCAAACAGCACUUUUCCUGUGAAGAAAUUGAUCUUCAAUGAGGACUCUUCCUUGAAACCACCACCAAAACCUCCCCGGGUGUUCCUUCCAGGGGAACCUGAGAAAGAAGCGGCUCUUGCAGACUCUUGUAAUGUGCCUGUAAAGUCCAUGAAGCGCAUCCACUCAGAAGAUGGUAUACCCCAAGGUGCAGCUGAGUCCCAGAAGCUUCUCAGUAAAAGGACGCUUGGGCUGGAUGAUUUCACCUGCAUAUCUGUUUUGGGGAAGGGGCAUUUUGGGAAGGUACUUCUUGCCGAAUAUAGGACGACAGGAAAGCUGUAUGCCAUCAAAGCGCUGAAGAAACGAGAGAUCGUGAGCAGAGACGAAUUUGAAAGUCUACAGUGUGAGAAGCGGAUCUUCGAGGUGGUGAACUCCUCCGGGCACCCGUUCCUGGUGAACCUCUUCGGAUGCUUCCAGACCUCAGCACACGCGUGUUUUGUUAUGGAGUACAUGCCAGGCGGAGACCUGAUGAUGCACAUACAUGCAAAUGUCUUCUCGCUGCCGGCAACAAGGUUCUACUCUGCCUGUGUGGUUCUGGGACUCCAGUUCUUGCACCAGAAAAAAAUCAUUUACAGAGACCUGAAACUGGAUAACUUACUGAUGGAUGCCAAUGGCUUUGUGAAGAUUGCAGAUUUUGGGCUCUGUAAAGAAGGUAUGGGAUAUGGUGACAGGACGAGCACCUUCUGUGGUACACCGGAGUUUCUUGCACCGGAGGUUCUGACGGACACCUCGUACACGUAUGCCGUGGACUGGUGGGGGCUGGGAGUGCUGAUCUACGAGAUGUUGGUGGGAGAGUGCCCGUUCCCCGGCGAUGAUGAAGAGGAGGUGUUUGACAGUAUCGUGAAUGAAGAAGUGCGUUACCCACGCUUUUUAGCCACCGAAGCAAUCAACAUUAUCCGGAAGCUACUUCGUAAGACGCCAGAUCGCCGCCUAGGAGCCGGAGUUGGUGAUGCAGAGGAGAUAAAAACACAACCUUUCUACCAGGAGAUGGACUGGGAGGCCCUGUACACCCGCAAGCUGCAGCCGCCUUUCGUACCCGCUUUAAACGACCCCUUUGACGUCCGGAACUUCGACGAAGAAUUCACAGGCCAGAAACCUGUGCUGUCUCCAUCCGACGACCCUCGUCCCUUGACCGCCGCGGACCAUAAGAUGUUCCAGGACUUUGACUUUGUCUCGGACCUUCUCCUUGGUGAGAAUAAGCAGUGAUGGGGCUUUAGGCGUCACGGAUCUUUGGACACUGUCUUGGGCUCAUCUCCAGAUGUCACAAUGGAUAGGACUUUAUAUUGUCUCUACCUCAGCUCCAGGCAGUGUCCUCCCUGCAUUUAGCUGCUGUUCUUCCUGCACUUAUCGCCAUGAUAUUAGUGCCAAAGGGUCAUACAUGGAACUAAAAUGUACUUAAUUUGUUAAUUAAAUUUGUUUCCAAACUGUAUCGCUCCAAAUGUUGCAAAACCACAACUCCCAGCAUGCCCGGACAGCCAACGGCUGUCCGGGCAUGCUGGGAGUUGUGGUUUUGCAACCCUGGAGACCACUGGUCGAAGAGAAGAGACCAAUGGUAACAAUUUUUAACUUUCAAUUUCCUUAUUUCUGCAAGUACUAACUCCUCUUUCCCAGCUGGGACCUGGGAAAGCUGGGUGACAAUACUAAUAGAAGCUGUAGGGAUGGACAUUCAUGGAGGGAGAAAACUGAUGAUAGGUCAAAAGAAGACAACUUGAGGCUCCGUUAAGGUUUGUCCACCUUAACAACCAAAACUUAAAAUAAAAUGAAGCAACUUCGCAAAUAGCCUUAAAGGGGUACUCCAGUGGAAACACCCCCCCCCUCCCCCCAAAAAAAUAAACUGGUG